UCGUUCGACAACAAUCAUUAUGAAAGUGUUUGUAGUUCUUGCCUUGGCUAUUGCUGCCGCCUCUGCUGGUGUUGUACCACAAGGUGCACCCAUGCAUCCCCGUGAUUUGCCCAAUGUGCCCUCAAUUGAGGGACGCAUAACCAACGGCAAGACUGCCAAUGAGGGCCAGUUCCCCUACCAGGUGGGACUUAGCUUCUCUAGCUCUAGCGGUAGUUGGUGGUGCGGUGGCUCCAUCAUUGGUAACGAGUAUGUGCUGACAGCCGCUCACUGCACCAGCGGUGCAUCCUCGGUGACCAUCUACUACGGCGCUUUGGUCCGCACCAACGCCAAGCUGAUCCAGACCAUCUCCAGCUCCAACUUUAAGCAGCACACCAGCUUCAACUCGAUCACUCUGGCCAACGAUAUCUCGCUGAUCAAGACCCCAUCCGUUGCGUUCACUGCCUACAUUAACAAGGUUUUGUUGCCACCAAUUGCCAGCAGCUACUCCACCUAUGCCGGCCAGAAGGCUACAGCCUCCGGCUGGGGCAAAACCUCCGAUAGCGCUUCCGGUGUCACUAACACCCUGCAAUACCAGACCUUCGAAGUUAUCUCUGUUGCGCUUUGCCAGUCCACUUAUGGCUCCCUCGUAGCCUCCGCCAAGGUCAUCUGCAUUGCCACCCCCAACAAGUCAUCCACCUGCCAGGGUGAUUCCGGUGGCCCAUUGGUCCUGGACAGCACUGGUCGCUUGAUUGGUGUCACUUCCUUCGUCUCCAGCUCUGGCUGUCAAUCUGGCCUUCCUUCUGGCUUCACCCGUGUGACCAGCUACUUGGACUGGAUCAAGACCAACUCCGGCAUCUCCUACUAAAUUCGUUUUCAAAAUAAUCCACAAUAAACUGAGCUCCAUAUAAAA